UUCAAGUUUGGAUGGCGCUUCCCGACUGCUUGAGCUUGCCUGCGUAGCUAUUGGGAACAAAUAGUUUCUCCGCCUGGCUGCAUUUCUAACACUUCGGGAGUAUCUCGCUGCAUGCAGUGGAAUGCUGUUGAGUAAACAUGCAGAGGCUUGUGUUUUAUGUGGUAGUAACUGGUUUUUAGCGGAGCUACCUUGCUGCUGUUGAAGAGAACAAAUCCAGUAUUCUUUUGUCUGGUAGAAAUACGGAAGAGGCUUCUUGUUAAAAUUCUAAGUACAAUUUUCUUUUCUGUUUAAUGUUUACAAGACUCCCGAUGCAGUUAAAGCAGCUGUCAAUUAACUUCUUUUGGUUACUUUGCAGUUUGCCUUGGGGGGGGAAAUGUAACCUUUAAAGCACGGCGGAUGCAAAUAUGACGAGAAGCAAGAAAUGUAAUCUCUGAAUGUCAGUAUUCUGCUUGAGAGUAAGCAAGACAGACUUCUUUCCUCUCUGAAAGAAAAAAAAUCCUUUUGGAGAAGCUGAUCAUUACAGUGCACAGAAGUGGAAAUAUUUGGAAAGAUGGGGAUCCUUGUUUUCCUUCUGAUCUGGAGUUUAAUCUUAAACUUGACCGAUGGACACAGUUUGUUCACAUGUGAACCUAUUAUUAUCCCAAAAUGUUCUGGAAUGACUUACAAUAUGACAUUUUUUCCUAAUAUGAUGGGACAUUAUGAUCAGGACACUGCAGCAUCCCACUUGAAGCUGUUUCUUCCUCUUCUGAAUCUCAAGUGCUCUCCAGAUGUCCAUACAUUUCUGUGCAAAGCCUUUGUGCCUGCUUGCUUUGAACAAACACGUGUAGUUCACCCUUGCCGGAGCCUUUGUGGAAGAGUGUAUGCAGAGUGCAAAAAGGUGAUAGACACGUUUGAAAUUGGAUGGCCUAAGGAACUUGAAUGUAGCAGGUUGGAAGACUGUGAUGAAACUGCUGCUGUCACUGCUUCUUUUACUACAAGAGGCCAGGACACAUGGAAGAUUCCAGGGCAGCCCAGAAGGGACUAUGGAUUUUGGUGUCCACGUCAUUUGCAGACUUCCAGUGGGCAAGGCUACAAGUUUUUGGGCAUUGAGCAGUGUGCACCCCCUUGCCCCAACAUGUACUUCAAUGAUCACGAGCUGGAUGUUGCCAAAAGCUUUACUGGCAUUGUUUCAAUUUUUUGCCUUUGUGCCACUCUGUUUACAUUCCUAACAUUUUUGAUAGAUGUUAAAAGGUUCAGGUAUCCAGAAAGGCCAAUCAUAUACUAUUCUGUUUGUUACAGUAUAGUGUCUCUUGUUUUCUUCCUUGGCUUUGUCCUAGGAAAUAGAACAGCCUGUAAUAAGGGGGAUGAAAAACUGCAGCUUGGUGAAACCGUUGUCCUUGGUUCUCAGAACAAAGGUUGCACCCUUGUCUUCAUGGCUUUGUAUUUUUUCACAAUGGCCGGAACUGUCUGGUGGGUGAUCCUCACAGUCACUUGGUUCCUUGCUGCUGGACGGAAAUGGAGCUGUGAAGCUAUAGAACAGAAAGCCAUGUGGUUCCAUGCAGCUGCCUGGGGCAUGCCAGGGUUUCUCACAGUUAUGCUCCUUGCCAUGAACAAAGUGGAAGGUGACAAUAUUAGCGGCGUCUGUUUUGUUGGCCUCUAUGACUUAGAUGCUUCUCGAUAUUUUGUUCUCUUGCCUUUGUGCAUUUGUGUCUUCGUUGGUUUAUCUCUCCUUUUAGCGGGUAUAAUUUCCCUAAAUCAUGUGCGCCAAGUCAUACAGAAUGAUGGCAGGAAUCAAGAAAAGCUGAAGAAAUUCAUGAUUCGAAUUGGUGUCUUCAGUGGCUUAUACCUUGUGCCUCUAGUGAUACUCUUGGGAUGUUACAUCUAUGAGCAGGUGUAUAGGAAGAUCUGGGAAACCACUUGGGUUUAUGAUCAUUGUGAUCAAUUCCAUAUCCCCUGUCCUUAUCAGAUCAAAACAUUAGCUAGACCAGAAAUAACUUUGUUUCUACUGAAAUACCUGAUGACUUUAAUUGUUGGCAUCUCUCCAGUCUUCUGGAUAGGAAGUAAAAAGACCUGUUCAGAAUGGGCCAGUUUCUUCAACAGAAAUCGCAAAAGAGAUCCAAUCAGCGAAAGCCGGAGAGUGUUGCAAGAAUCGUGUGAAUUUUUCUUAAAACACAACUCCAAAGCAAAGCACAAAAAGAAACAUUACAAAUCCAGCUCUCACAAACUGAAGGUGAUUUCCAAGUCAAUGGGGACUAGCACAGGUGCUACAAGCAAUCAUGGGACUUCUGCAGUGGCCAUUGCUAACCAUGAUUAUUUAAGCCAUGAAACCUUGACUGAGAUCAAAAGUUGUCUGGAAACAUCUGAGAGAGAGAUGGAAGCAGACACCGUACGUAGCCAGAGGGUGGAGGAGGAAGAGUUUGCUCGUAGUGAACACAGCGCAUUACGAACGCAAUCCAGCCCUAAAGUGCCUUUGGAACAGGAAGAACAAGAGAGAAAGGCUGACAACAAGCAAGAUAUGGCCAGCUUGUCUGAAAGCAUAAAGAGAGUAGCUGAAGAAAGGACAACUCCUAAAAAUGACAUUGCUGAAGCUCCUCCACUCCAACUUGGUCAUCCACAUCUCAGUGUUUCCCAGACUGGCAGUACCAAGGGGUCAGGAUUGCUCUUUGCCCACUCAUCUUCAGACUCAAGGAAAGCUCAGGAGUCUGGUCAUAGCUCAAACGGUUGAAAAAAUGAACAAAUUCUGAUCCUUGUAGUCCUAGGACCUCUGAGGAGCACCAGGUUAGGAAAAAUUCUGUUUCAUGAAUAAUUUGAGGUCACAAAAUGACUCCAUUCUGUGUUAAUAUUGGACAUGAGAGAUGCAUUGUGUCUUGUAAAUAAGCACAUUCUUUGCACUUCAACAAAAAGUAAAAUAGUAUUGUAAAGAGACACUGCUCUCUUGUUCCUUCUGUGGAAUCUAUCAGUUACCAAAAACUUUAAAGGAAAAAAGGGCAAAUGUGUGAUUUACCACUUCAUAUGCUUUAUGUCAAACUGUGGUGAAAUAAGGGAAGGAUUUUUUAUGCUGAAGUAUAUUGAAGAAAACUUAAUUGCCUUAAGAUCUUUUUAGUAGUGCUAUUUAUGCUUUAAAACUGAGUAUGAACUGGUGACCUUUCAGAAAUUGCAGUCCAUCUCCAUAAGCCUCAACUGCAAUUGCCAAUGGGUAAAGGUGAUGCAAAUCAUAAUGUAGGAACAUCUGUUAAUCCACAAGUGCUUCAUCCUAGGGAUUAAACUAACAUAAAUUGCUGUUUCACACAGUAAUAAAUUGUACAGAGUUUGUAGGGAGUGAAGAAGUUGACUCAUCCUAACAGAGUAACAGGGCAUCCCUGUUCUCUGAAGAUUACUGAAAAAAAGUUCAAGUACUUGCAGCACCUUGGACUUUCUCAGCCAAAGCACAGACCGGAGUCUGCCCCUGUCCCUCUCAUCAACCAUCUCUGGCCUUUUCGUCUUAGAUCUUUCUUACUGUCUAAUUGGGCAAGGUCAUGUCUUCUAUUGAAUCCUGAAAUUCCUGCAGGUUAAAUGGUGAGAAGGAUAUUAAAGCCAGAGGAGUGCAAAACAUUUCAAACUUGAAAUGUACUUUUUUGAGUUCCAAACAGGUUUAAAGCUUGAAAUGUUUCCAGAAGAGUCAAAACAUAGGUUUCACACUCAAAAUGUUUUGCACUUUUCCACUGGAGACCUGCUUCCUCCUGUCAAAUUUUUGAUGUGUUUGAAUUAAGGUCUUAUGGAGAAAAACGGCAGUCUUGCUGGGCAGCUAAGAAAAGGCAUUAAAUAGUUGUGGAUGCUCAAGACUCCUAAGCGCAGGCACUUCAGCGCAGACACUUAUACUGGGCUUGAGUAUUAAUUCCUUUCCUGUGAGCCAAUUACUAUUUUAAAAUCCUCAGCUUGUACAUUUGAGCCAUUGGUAGUAUAUUACAGUAGGCUAUACACUGAAAUGGGAAGAGAAAUUGGAAUCAAAAUUAGUUUAAAUCAGCUACUUUUAUACAGUAUUAGAAUGUAAUUCUGUUUCUUUUACAUUAUAGGAUACUUAAUAUUUAGAUACCACCCUCAGAUCCUUCAGGGGUUUUGCUUGCACAGUGUUGCAAGGCUGGGAAGGGAGAGGAGGGGAAUAAAUCACUCUUGAGAGAUUUUGGACAGUAAUUGAAUAUUUAAUCAAGCUGCUGCCUUUCAGUCUUGAAUAUAAUUUCAUACAUACAUACAUACAUACAUACAUACAUACAUACAGUCUUUAACGUGGUUUUGUAACGUUGCCUGCUGAAUUUUGAACAACUGAAAGGUUUGCAGACAUUUAUGUGCUAUUUUGUUCUGCCCUAAUAAAGGGUGUUUUACUAAGGAUGUAAGAUUAUUUUUUCUCAUGGACCAACACUACUGUUGUUUUGGGGUUAUCAUUGUUAUCUCUGUAAAGCCUGCAUAAAUGUGACAUUGGACCACAUUCCUUAAAAAAAAAACAAUUUGCUUAAUCAGUUAGAAUCUGAACGUACAACUGAUAGUCCAUUACGUAUGUGAAGCUAAUUUUUGUAAUUUUAAUUACCUUUAACUGUUUUAAACAAUGUAUUUCCUAUAGAUAAAGACAUUACCUUGGAAAAAUGAGAGAUAUAAGCUUUUGAUUGUAUAGUUUCAGAACUCAUUUACUGAGUUUGGAUAUUUGGGGAUUAUAAAUAGUAAGUCAGAUUUCUUCAUUACUGUUGUCAACAGAUAAAAUUUGAACUGCUUCCAGUUCAUUGUAGGUUCAACUAACUCCAAACUACAAUUCUUAUGAGUGUGUUGCUCAGAAACUAUUUUGUCAGUAGUUGGCAAUCUUUUCUCACCGUUCGAAAACAAUGGUCUGUGUGUCUCCCCAUUCUCAACAUGGUAUAGAUUUCAGUGUUCUUUUAAAAAUUAUUUUUAUGAAGGCAGCAUUGCCCUUGGGGUCAUCUUGCUGAUUCUUCUUGAUCAAGGGUGUAGAGAGAUACCAUCCAAAGACUGUUUCUUUGCAUGCAGCCUUUAGUGAUUUAGGUUUUAGACACGGUUCAGUCUGUGUGCCCACCAAUAACUUUACUGUAUGCAGUUGUGCCCAACAGUGUCUGCAGAGGAGGGUUGGGGGGCAGAACAGCAAAGUAGCAUCAUGCUGUCAUGGCACAAGCCCUACCCUUCUUGGAUAUGCAUUAUGAAAUGGACUGAGCUGAUGGCAUGACAUUGCUUUU